UUUAUUAGUUACCAAUCGUAACUCACGCUGCGCGCAUUGAAUUCACGUUCUGAAAUCGCAUAAUAACGCUAUAAACUCCGCGAUCACCGUUCGUUGAUGGUUUUUGUUCUUGUUUUUUGCGCAGUGCGUGUGUAAAUGUGUGUGCUAGUGUGUGGCGCGGGCGGCAAAUGCGAAAGAGCGAGCAUUAAUAAAUGCCGUCUAAUUGUUUGCUAAUUAAUUAAUUGAGGCAAAUCGGCAAAGGCAGCUAACGACAAAUAAGCGAAAACACUAAAUCAACAGGUGGACCUUUUCCAAUUGGAUUUAAUCAAUCCGUGGAUCUGAAGAGGAGGAGCAGGCGUCGGUCGUUGGAGGCGCCGGCAUAGACAACUUUUCCGAGACGCGAGCGCCCAGCGGAGCAGUCGCCACCACGACGUCGACAUCGCCACCGCCGCCGCGAGCCGCGCUGCUGUCACCAGCCGAGCAUUUGGACGCCAGCGCCGACGAUCGCGGGCGUGUCUACAAGCUCCGGAAGAAGAAAUACCUAAACGCAGCGCAUAUCACAUAGGGAGGAAGUAGUCGUCGGAGGUGAAACAGAAACGAAGAACGGAUUUUGGGUGCUUAGAGGAAUCGGUGCUUAGGAGUUAGGAUUUAGAUUAAGGAGUUCAAAACUGGAAAAAGCAUAAUUUAUCACCAAGAGGAAUCAGCGAAAGAGCAAUGCCCGUACAAUCCCCCAUCGAGAUCAGCAAUCGUGCCAUCGAGCACAUAGACGAUGUGGAUCCACUGGAAUACCAUGGCCACUGGGAGCCGGUGGGAGUGGCCCGGGUACAAAACACAGGCACCUCCGCAAUGGUAACUUUCAGCAAACGAAAGCAACAGCCAUACAUAAUCGGAGGUGCCUUGGACACGGACAUGUACGUGUUUGAGCAACUGCACUUCCACUGGUCAGAUUGCGAUGAGUCCGGCUGUGAGCACACCCUGGAGGGCAUGAAGUACUCAAUGGAAGCCCAUGCAGUUCAUUACAAUGCUAAGUACAAGGAUUUCGCAGAGGCCAAAAACAAGCCUGAUGGCCUGGCCGUCGUAGCUUUCUUUAUACAGGCCUGCGGUGAGAAGGAUUGUCCGGAGUUUAAGAAGAUCACCGAAGGCAUACGCAUCGUUCAGAAGAUCCACACGAGUGCAUCGCUGGAUUCCGACUGCCUAUCGUGGAUUGGACUGCAGGAGUUGAGCAAACAUUAUUACACCUACAAGGGCUCGUUGACAACGGCGCCGUACUUUGAAAGUGUCACCUGGAUCAUAUAUCGUACUCCCAUCUACGUUUCGCGUGGCCAGGUUCAGGUGUUUCGCAAUUUGCAAUCGUGUCCCAAAGAUGAGUCCAAAAAGAUAGUCAACAAUUAUCGCGAGAUCCAGCGUCCGCACAAGGACCCAGAGAUCUUCUUUGCCCGCAACACCAAUCCAAAGUCCAAGUUAUGAUGUGCUUGACAUGUACGACUUGGGUCCUUCUCUCGAUAAACUAACAUGCGCGCCUCCUUUAUUUUCCAAUCCUUUCCCCAUUCUUCCGCCCAUUUUCGCCUGUGAAAAAUGAAUCCUAUCUAAACUAUUUCUAUAUGUAAAACCAAUAUCUGUCUAUGGUUGUCUAUAAGCUGCUUUUGUUAUUUGCCUCAUGUACAUAGCGUUAUAUAUAUAUCUAAUUAACAAACAUACAUAUAUCUAUCUAUCUAUAUAUGUAUAUAUAUAUAUAGAUAUAUAUAUAUACGGAAUAAUUAUGAUACGGUUACGUGUAUGGAAUCAUUUUAGUCGGAACACGCGGUUGCCUUGCAUUGAAUAUUUCAGAGAAAUAUCGGGCACAACUACUUAAGACAUCUACAAGAGACGUAAUCCUAACGUUUAAGUUAAUAAGUUAAACAGUGAAAAAAAAGCAAGAAGAAAAUGAGAAAAGCAAACCAACACACACAUUUUGUAUGUCCCAACUGAAUUUAUUAAAUAUAUAUCUCUAAUUAAACAUGUAUAAAAGUAUAUCAAAACAUCAUA